AAGAUAACGAUAAGCAACGUGCGAUGCGAAGGAGAUCUACGUAUAUCACAAAUAAGCACUUUUCAACACAGUACAAAACAGGUACUAUUUCGUAUUUCAACAUCUCCGAACCUUUCCCAUCAGAGCGCGUUUUCACUGGGGCUGAGCGCUGAACGUUGAACGGUGGUAUAUCUUGCACGGACGCUCGUGAUACACCACUAACCUUCCCCACUCGCUCACCCAUCCCUCGAACAUGACCUACGUCUCAAAUGAUCCCAGUUGGUGGCCGACAAUCAAUUUGAAUAUUUUUUUCAGCUAUUGGAACGUUGCCGCGGGCGUCGUGGUGGUAUAUGAUUGUGUCUUAACACUCGGACAAGAGAUUGAACUCAUCUGGAGACAACGCUGGUCUCUCAUGACUGUGCUGUAUUUGACUGUUCAUACGCUAUAUUGGAAUACCGUUUUGUGUUGCCUCUCUUCUGUCAAAUAUGCCAUCGAUAUCGCUGACGGAUGCAGCGCUAUCACGUACUACGCAAUAAAUGGGACAACUGUGACCUUAAUUGCCAUGUUGGGCGUCAUCGUGAUUUCCCGGUUGCAUGCCAUGUAUCAGGGAUCUAGAAAGAUGCUUAUCUUCCUUGUUAUUGUCUUCCUGGCUGUAAACAUCGCCUGCGGAGUAAUGACGGCAAUAACGCUCAACGAUACUGUACUGGAGGAGGCGAUACUCUCUGGCACAUAUAUGUGCAGUUAUGUAUUUGGAGGGGACGAGCAGCUUCUUAUUUCGAUGGUUUGGAUGCUCAACACUGUUUGGGAGGUCCUCGCACUGUGUCUUUCAGUCUGGGUUGCCGUAAAACACUUCCGUGAGCUGCGACGACUCGGCCCAUCCACAGGAUCGAUCAUCGGUGACUGUUUCACAGUGCUGAUACAAUCUCACGUUCUUUAUUUUGCAAGCUUCGUUGGUGUCUCUUGCCUCCAGCUUACUCUUCUCUCUCCAGAAAUCUGGAAUUCAAAUUCUAUUGUAACUCUGAUACUCGCAGGUGCUCUUCAAAUUUUAUUGGUCGUGCAGCUGUUUGUGCUAGGACCACGCCUCAUCUUGGGUGUUCGAGAAUACCACGCCAAACUCGUGGCAUACUCGGACGCAGAAACUAGCAUGAAUUCGAUUGUUUUCCAGGAGCAUGUACAUGUAUCGACUAGUAGUACUGUGUAG